CGUACUAUCACGUUGUACCAACGUGGCUGCUUGUAGAGACGAUCCUGCUACCAGCAAACGUGCAAAGAAUGUCCCAUGUGACCGCCCCAGUAAAGACAACCCUGACGUAGAUGGCUACACAUGUGCAGGCAAGAAGACAGGGGAGGAAGUCUUUCCAUCACUCCUGCCCUUCCGUCACAGGGAUGAUAUUGUGUUUUCCUACACGGCCACCAAUGGCGGAUACGUCAAAGUCCGGAACCAGGAGAGUAACACACUAGCGACCCACUACUACGACGGUGCCACACAGACCCACACCUUUACUGUGUCCAUUGACCUGGUGGCUCCGUAUCAUGCUGGCCGUUCUACUCCUGCCUGUGUUGGCAGCAUGUUGGCUGCUCCCAAUAUCAUCCGUACUCCAAUAGUGAACCUCCGGUGGAGUUGCUGGUCAGAUGCUGACUCAGGCAUUGACCGUUUUGUGAGGGGAGUGACUGAACUCCAAAAGAUGGGGGUGUUCUCCGUGAACGGUCUGAUGGGUUUGAUCAUAUGGAUUUCAACAGCUCGACAUCGUCUGAAAACUACGUGCUAACCAGUGAUGGCGUCUACGAGAUCGUGCUAACCGUCUAUGACAAGGCAGGUAAUCACAGAAAUGCCAGGCGGAUCCUUAUGUAUGAUAGUAAUUCGACUGUAACAACACAAGAAAAUACAACUCUCUCCGUGACGACAGCAUCAUCAGCAACGUCAUCAUGGCAAAUGACGUCAUCAGCGGUGACAGUAGACUGGACCAACAGAUACAUCAACACAAAACACGAUCACAACAAGUGGCUCGGCCAGAUUGACACCGUGACUGACGUUGAAGCCCCCUAUGAUGACUACGAAGGUGACAGAACAGUUGAUGCCAUCGAUAAUGUUCAAGGUAUAACUCGCUUCCUCACCUUUUACAAAGUCGACCACCAAGGAGGGUCGUCCAUCACCAGCCCACCAGCUGAUAACCUGUUCACCAGUCAAGGUCUGAAUCAGUCACAGACCAUAACACCCUCACUAGUGGACGGGGACACUGUACGCUUCUGGGUUCGAGCCUAUGACAUCAUGUCGGAAAUGAAAGAAGAGAAUGUGACAAUCCAUAUCGACACAUCACCUCCAGUCAUAGAGAACCUGUGGCUCCAGAGGAGACAGACUGAACGUCAGUGUACAUGGAGCAGAGACACUCACAAACAUUACGAUAGAGUGGGUAGCGUAUGAUGAGCACAGCGGUCUGGAGACGGUAUCCUGGAGAAUAGUGGACAGGUAUCACAACCAGGAGAUCGUACAUGGAAUAGGGCAUAUGACGGCACAAGGAGAA